AUGUCCACUCAUGUGUGUGAAGAAGAAAACAAUGUUCACAAGAUGAAUGAAGAAGAGCAUGCACUCACAUUCAACAACACGCCUCCACAGCAGCCUUAUGUCAACAAACAUGCACAGCAUGCGUCUAUAACGAUUGAAGGUCCAUACGUUCAACAACACCAACAGCCACAUGCAAUGCAACAUGCACUUGAGACGAUUGAACACCUUCAACAAGAAGGUCAUGCAACGAGGAACACAACAACACCAACUCCUCCUCUUCAAUCGGAGUAUGUAUGGACUUUUUCACCAACAACCACAGGUGCAUGCAUGUUAGACACAUUCUCAACUACACACAACCACUCUCAAAGUAAAAUCAAUGUUACAAAAAAAGAAAUGGAACGAUAUUUUGGAGCUUCACAAGCCCUCGCUGCUCGAUUAUUGGGAGUGAGUGUUUCAACUCUCAAGAGAAGAUUCAAAGAAUCUUAUGAGGUACAAUUUCAUAGGUGGCCCUAUCACAAGUUAACAAAUUUAGAGAAGCGUCAUUCACUGUGGUUUUAUAUCAACGAUGAGAAUGAAGAUGAGAAAUUUAUUUCUUCAAAAUGUGAACAAGUAUUAGAAAAGGCUUUUGAAAAUUGUACACUUCCUCUGGAACAUUAUUUUUCCGAAUUAAAACCAAAACCAAGAAAGAAAGAUUUCACAUUUUUGAAUUACAUUCCUCAACAUGAGAUGAGUUCUCAUGCAGCAACAACAUCAGAAUUAUCGAUGAGAGAGCCUCGAUUGAAAGGUGGAUCCAAACAAUUAUAUCAAAUUAUGGAAGAUUGUAAAUAG